AUGACUUUCAGGGAAAAAGAGGUUGGCGCACCUGGCAGAUUCCUCAUCAUUGGGCUAAUCUACGAGUUUUCCAUGCAAACUGGCCAAGCCACGAGUCCAGGAAUAGACAUUUAUUCACGCAAUAUUAGGAAUAAAUUAAAAUUAGCCGAUUUUCGCCUCAGCUACAUUUACUCUGAAUUGUUUUAUUCAGAGAAGACUCUUUUGAAGUUCCUCUUUAUUCUUCUCUUAUUCAGCAUUUCAGAAUUGCCACUUCUUAAGGCUCUUCCGUAUGUCGCACUGUUGAUUGCCAUGCUGUUCUUCAUUUACGCCGUCAUCGGGAUGCAGCUCUUUGGAAAGAUCUCUAUUGAAGAAUAUGUGGACGAGGACCUACCUGUGCUGCAUCGAAGCAACAACUUUCAGAACUUCUUUUAUGCUCUUUUGGUGCUUUUUCGGUAA